AUGAAAACUGAUUUUGUAAUAGUGCUUGCGCUGUUUAUGUCUUGCAUAAAUGCAAGAAUUUGCCUUGAUGAUCUGAUAGGUAUACAAAAGACUGAAGUAGAUGCUGGACUAAUUAUAAAUCCAAAGGGCCCACUAAACAUGCUGCGCGGAUACAUAUACUCUGAUCUGGGGUACACCUAUAACAAGAGGUUUCUUUCCCCGGAAAUAGAAACAAGCUAUUCUCUGUCCUGGGGUGCCGGCGCGCCCCAGUACACAAGAAGUGCAACGAAAGACCGCGCAUACUCUUCGAAUGAAUUCGCAGAGUUGGCCAUUUUAGAGCCCAGGACCUAUAGCCAGAAGUACCACACCGCGCUUAUAAAGAUGUUUCCCUCCGUGGACGGAUCUUCUCUGUCGAUUCAUGUCGCGAAAAAGGACUCUUUUAUUCGGGUCCUUCAAGACAUCUGCACUAAAGAGCAGGCCCGUACAGUUCUUGCGUCUUUUCUUCUGCUGUCCGAGGGCGUAAAAGUCCCCAUUCUUGCGUCGAAAAAGAAAAUUGUGCUGUGGAAGGACACACAGAGCGAGAAUCUGUACAAGGAGGCGCCGAAGUACAAGAAACAGGAUAUUAUCGACGAGCUGGCCGUCCUUAACAUUAGCCUAAAAGUGGGAAGCAGCAGCCUCAGACAAACUGACUUUUUCAAUGUCGCUUCUUUUUUCAUACAGAACGAAGCCCCAGGAAACUUCCCCUGCACAGCCGAAGAGUUUGAGACGAACCAAUUUUUGGACACUCCGCAGUUCCUGAUACAGGCGUAUCUUUUCGAGUUCCUGCAGAGCAAGGAAGAUGCUUUGCAGUUUGCAAAGAGCGUGUACUGCUUGCUUAAAGGAAUCGGGGCCUCCAUAGAGCUUGCCUCCGGGAAAGAAGACAUUUUCAACCGGUGUUUUUUGGCGUCUGAGGAGAAGAGCCAGGCAGUGGAGUAUUUGGGCCCAAUCGUGAAUCUGCAGAAAGCCCUGAAAACGCUCGAAUGGUUCCCAUUCCCCGGGGAAAACACACUUUCCCAGCCGAUGGUUGUGAGGCAUUACAGCAAAGGCUCUAACGAAUUCACCAAGGAGGUUUUCAGCAACUGCACGGAACUGGGCCUUUUCGCACUUUUCUGCUGUCUGGCAUACGACCCAAAUAAGAAAGUCUACAACAUAGACAGAUCUUUGGGCGAAAGAAAAGAACUGGAGGCAGUGAAGGAUUUGAGGGCAUUCUUCAACUCGGGAGUUGCAGACCCAAAGAAGAACGCCACCGUAGAAAUGCUGGAAGAGUGGAAUAAGGUCAUGAAUGACCUGACCUGCACCCGCAUAACGUACGCCAUGCCAAGCAAGUGCGGGAUACGAGCAGGCGCUUUUAACGCCCUUUAUGCAUUUGCUGAAGUGACAGGACAGCUGGAAACCGAGCAGGAAAAGUUGGACAGGCUCAUGGCAAAGCUGGCUUCUUCUGAAGAGCCUGCAGAGAAAGUUUUGGCGGAAUUUGAGGAGUACGUUUCCGGCCUGCUUCUCCCCCUCUCUAUAAACAGAAACGUGAAAGUCGUUUUUUCAGAUCUGAAAAAAUGCAUGCGAACAGACAAAGUAUACGACGUAUUUGGAGAAAUUUCCUUGGAGUUCGGACACGAAGGGUUUGAUGUGCGCCAGGGCCUGAAAAUUCGCUUUUCUUUAGGGCACGUGGCAAUAAACGUCCUGCCAAUUUCCGCCGUUUCCUCCGAGCAGGAUUUUGAAGCCCUCUUUAAGACAGGCAUAUACAGAGCACAGAAUGACUUUUCAAGCUGCCUGUUUUUGCGGUACCUGAACCAUUGGGUGUGCAAGAGCGCGAAGAGCAAUGAAAUGGAGGGCAUGAUCAAGGCCCUGGCCAAGGAAACUGCAGUGAAUCCGUCCCCCAGCAGCAUCAGAAAGGCUCUCAUCCUGGGGCACGCCCUCCUAGAAACGGAGAGAAACCUCUUCGCGAUGGAGUUCUUCAAGAACGCCAAGGGGAAGUGCAUAGACCUCCCGGAAAGUCACUUAGGCCUUCGCCUGGCCCGAAACCUCCUGGGAAAUAGAUCGCUGGAAAAUCUUGUUACAUCCAUAGAGAGUCUGAAGGGCUUGGUGCAGCUGGACUUACUCGACAAAGUAAGAACAAAAAUCACCGUUAACAAUGCCAUCCAAGGAGCCCUGCAUGUGGAUAUGCAGGAUAUCGUCUCCCUGUGGGAAUAUGCUGAAGAAGGAAGCAAUGCAGUGGGUGAUAUAGUUGUCGGGCACCUUAGGGCGUACAAAGAAAAGACUGGAUUGCCUCUUUCCAAGAACUUUAUAAUAAAGUUUAAGCACACGUUGGACUCCAUAUUCAACUGCCUGCUUUGCUCAGAUAAAACCCUCGAGCACAUAGACGAACUUGCCACGGCUGUUUUGGAAGUAGAUUGUCCAGAAGACCUUCCAGAAGCAGUAUCUCUCAAGAAUGCGCAUAUGAUUUUCUGGUUUAUCUCUGCCCUGGAGAGGAGAGAAGCCCAUCCAGAGCUGAUAUCUCCGCUUUUCAGGAGAAUCGAGUUUCAUGAUGCGGAUAAGUCUUCUGCAAUGCUUAUCAGCAGCAUGCGAUUUAUGUUCAUGGGAGACACCUUAGAUUACACACUCCGCCUUUUAGAGGAGUGCCAAAGUCUUUUCCUGGAGAGCGUGGAAGACCAGAAAAAGCUCGCCCAACUCCAGAGCGUGAUUAAGGCCAUAUACAUGCCUUCUUGCGCUGAGAGCAAAGAAUAG